GAUAUGACAGACAAAUAGUGACACUGGGUCAUUUUCACUGCGUCAGUCUUCCUGUUUGCUGUUCUAUUGACUAAAAUAUGGCAGAUAAAAUCAGUCAUUCCUGCUUGGUGUCCAAGAUUGCCAUCACUCUAUCGGUCGUCAGUUUGUUGUUGUGCUGUGGUGUGUUUUUAAGAACAGAAUUGAUGCUAAACGAGCUGUAUUCAAGAGAUAGCAAGCUGCCAGACAAGAUGACUUCAAAACACGACAUGAACAGUGGCCAUCAAUUCGACAAAGAUCAUCAUUCAGAGCAGACAUUUGAGAAACAAGAAGCAAAGAAAACGAAAGAAGUUUUCACAAGAAAAGUUAGAGAUGUUACAACUGUAGUCAACAGCACCAUUAAUGAUGAUUUAUUAUCAAAGAAAAUCUAUCAAGUUGUGGGAAAAGCUGUUGCCAAUUUACAAUCGGCCAAAUACUGGAUUCCCAUUCCAGGACCUCCCGGUCCACAAGGAAAAGCCGGUCCGAGAGGUCCGAGAGGAUGCAUGGGUAAAACUGGACGUCGAGGGAAACGAGGACCACGUGGUUUUCCUGGAAAGAUAGGACUUCCUGGUCCCAGAGGAAUGCCUGGACCAAAGGGACCAAAGGGAGAUCAUGGUCCUUCCUUAGCACAUCCAACAGUACUCAUUUCACCAACACAUCUCAUCGUCAAUGAAAGCCAGUCCGCCAUCUUACAUUGUUCGUCUAGUGGUUAUCCUCGACCUGAUGUUGUGUGGAGUAAAAACAACGGUACAUUACCACACAAACGAGCAGUAGUUGAUAGUACUGGCAAACUUGAUAUCAAACACGUGACUGCCAAUGACUCAGGAAUCUAUCAGUGUAAGGCUUCUAAUCUUCUUGGCAGCACACAAACAACAGCGAAACUUCAAGUGAACUUCCCUCCACUACUGACCUUGAACAAAAGAACCAUCUACGAAACGAUUGGUGAUGACAUUCGUCUACCAACGUGUCACGUGACUGGAUACCCAGAACCAAAAGUCACGUGGUAUAAGUCUAUCGGUUCUUUGCCUGAUAAUCGUUCCGUUCUCAAGGAUGGACAGCUUACUGUACUAAAAUCGAAGAAAGAUGAUUCAGGGAUAUAUGUUUGCAAAGCUGAAAAUCUUCUUGGUUUUGUUAUAGGAUCUAUUAUGGUAAAUGUUAUCGAUCUGCCUGUGUUUGUUGUCAAACCUCCAUCGUCACACAAAUCACCUCCAGGGAUACCUGUAGUGUUAAACUGUACCGCUAAAGGUGACCCUCAGCCUGUCAUCAGCUGGAGAAAAGAGAACGGCGUUCUUCCUGUUGGCAGAUAUAAAGUGAGAGAUGGCUCUUUGAUUAUAAGGAACUUCAAGAAAGCAGAUUCGGGUGUGUUUGUGUGUACUGCUACGAGUGCUGGAGUGUUUGAUACAGAAACCAUGACCGUGUUAACAGUGGCUGAAAAAAAGGAUUGCGCUGACCUUUACAAAUCAGGAGAGAGACGUAACGGUGUGUACACAGUUCAACCCGACAAUCAGCCUGCUUUUCAAGUCUACUGUGACAUGACAACUGACGGUGGGGGUUGGACUGUGUUCCAAAGAAGACAAGAUGGAUCGGUUGAUUUCCAUCGCAAUUGGCAGCAAUACAAAACAGGUUUUGGAAACCUGAAUGGCGAGUUUUGGUUGGGUAACGAUUACAUCUAUCGACUGACUGCAGGAACAGCGUCGAGUCUGCGCGUUGAGGUAGAGGACUGGUAUGGAAGUAGGAAGUAUGCCAAAUAUGGUAGUUUUAGUGUUGGUGAUGAAUCAGACAAGUACAGGCUGAGGGUUGGCUCGUAUUCAGGUACUGCUGGGGACUCGUUAGAAUGGCAUAACAACAUGGCGUUUACUACAAAAGAUAGAGAUAACGACAAGUGGAGUGGUAACUGUGCUACAUAUUGUACCGGUGCCUGGUGGUAUAAACAUUGUCUUCCAUCUAAUCUGAAUGGAAAGUACCUUGGAAACAAGGUGUCGAGUAAAGGAAUUGUUUGGUACGCUAAUCAAAGUUUAAAGAAAGUAGAAAUGAAAGUGCGCAGUAGUACAUUUUAAUGCAUGACAAUUACAAUAAGAACAUAAUUUUGUUCGCAUUAAUUUUAUAAACGAGUUUGUUUUUCAUAAUAUUGUUUGUGAAGUUUGUAUUUGAGAGGAAUAAUAUAUUAGAUGCAACUGCGUAGGAGUA